UCCUCAAUAAGAUGGCGGACAACAAAAAUAGUUCUGUGUUUUUUUUAAUAUUUUUGUCCUAUAUUUCAGUAGUAUUUUCUCAAACUGGAACUGUGGGUCCAGUAACGACCGCAACUGUUGAUCUAAAUGCCACUGAUGCUACGACGGCAACGGUGAUAGUAACGGAGCAGCCACAAACAACAGAAGCCGCAACCCAACUCCCUGAAUCGACUGAACUUCCAGCAAAUACAGAUUUAGGACCUUGUACCUGUGAUCUAACUGUGCCUUCUUGUGAUGUGAAUUGUUGUUGUGAUCCAGACUGCUCUGCUGAAGAUAGGCAUACAUUUAGUGAAUGUGUUGAAAACACAUAUUAUCACGAUGAUAAAGUAUGUUUACAAUCAUACCAACUGAUAUUAGCGAACACACCAUAUACAGUUAACAAAACAGAAAGUGGACUAUUCUGUAUAGAAUUUGAUAAUUAUGAAGAUAGAAAUUACUACUUGAUACCGGACACAGUAUAUACCAUUGAAAGAUUUAACGAACUAGUAGAUGAAUAUGGAGACUAUACGUAUGAACGAGUAUCUGAUACUGAAGAUGAAUAUGGUGUCUUCUACAAGUCAGGAGAUCCUAUUUAUACAAUUUAUGAAAGUUUAGCACAAGGAGUUCUGGGACUACCCAAUAGAUUAACCUCAAGUCUGUGUGGAAACAACAAUCCAGCAGCUUAUUUGUUUGAUGAGUCAUUCCAGUGUACAAGACAAAUCUUUGACCUGGAAGCACAGUGUGAAACCAUGCCAGCCCUGUCAGCACAAGUCUAUUAUGAAGGAUUUAAAGUGGUUUCUACUCCGUACUUCCUUAAUGAGAUUGAACCAGAUCCAGUGUUAGUAAACAGUACAACAGAAUCUCCCACAUCGUUUACAACACCCAAUGCUACAAAUGAUACCACUGCAGUUCCAACUACACCAUUAUACAAUGACAGUACAAUAUAUGAUCAUCCAGCCUUGCUACCUAUCACCGUUCAGAACCUUUACUGUAUUGAGUUACUGGGUGUGAGAAGGGAGUGUAAUUUCACAAGCGAAGAGAUACCCAGACCUGAGUAUGAUGCUAACACUAUGACGUGCCAGAAUGCUAUCUUUGAGGUGAACUAUAUGUUUACAACUAAUGGAACAUCUGGUAUUAGUAGUGUUCAAGUAGAUCUGGUGUUUGGCAACAUAACAAGUAGUGAACUACCUUUCUAUCAAACAUACAAUUCAGCUUAUGCCAAGUUGGAAGACACAGAGAUAUUUGAAAAGAGUGGCAAUCCUGGUUAUGUUGUUGGUGAGCCCCUGAUGGCAGGUACGAUGACAUCAGAAGUAGAUCCACUGGGAGAAACAAGAUACUCAAUCAUACUUGAUAGUAACAGAGAUAACUGGCUAACCAUGGUAUCACCUACAGCAGAUGGUAAUUGUAUAACUGACGCUGACUCCAGAACAUCUGUUACCUUUGGACUUGAUAUGAGAACUGGAUGUAAUCUUGUUGUAGCUUAUGAGAACUUGACUGAUAUCUGCGUAUUAAUUCAAGAAGCUGUCAACAACACACUCUUUGGUUCCUCUCCACCAACUCAUGUUGCUAUGUUCGGCAAUUCACGUGUUGAAAUGGCUGGUGAUUGGGUGCCUAUACUGUAUGACAAUGUGCCAGCGAGUAAUCCUUCUCCUUCUACUGGUCCAGAAGGAGUUUGUCAUAAUAUGGUCCUUGGAGUACAUCUAGAAAUAUUGUAUGCUGAUACUGGAUCCUUAGCUAAUCCACAACCUAAGAUAAUAGGUGUUACAUACAGAUAUGCCCAACCAGUGGAACUGAAAUAUCAGUGUAUUGGAGCAUACUGUCAACCAGGUACUGAAGACAUACAGCAAAAUUUUGAAGUGGUCAGUUCUGUUGGUUAUAUUGAUACUUCCAGUUAUCCAGAAGGUGUCCAAGCUGCACCACCCACGUUCACAGCGAAACUACCAUACGACUUCUUUUAUCCAUUUGGUGUCAAUGCAGCAUCACCUCUCAGGGAAUCUACGAUAUUCAGUACUGUAGUCAUUGCUGUUGUAAGCAUGGUACUAAUGCUUUGAUGAUCUAUAAGUCACAUAUGUGUGCACUCAACUCAAACAAAAACAAAGAUACUUAUGAUGGUUGUGUACAGCAACUGAUAAUAUAACAUUUAUAUCAUGUCCGAUUGAAGUCUUAUUCUGUACUACAUCUUUGAUGAGUAUACAUGUACAAGGCUCAAAGAUUCAAUCCUCGGGGGCGGAGCUACAUCACAAGAUGAUCCACGUUGCUAAGACGCGCACAACUGUACCACAUAUUUCUAUGGGCUCUGUGCGCGCUGCUGAGGAGCGCGGAAUAGCUGGUGACAAUUCAAGAAAAAAACAGGAACUCAACUUUGAAGUGAUCCUGAAUAAUCAAAUUUAUAUGCGUUACACACGCAGGGGAAAUCUUGUUACACUGUUCAGGGGAGUCUCAACAACCAUCCCAAAGUACCGUUUUCAGCCCUUGUUUUCACCGUGAUGGUUGCCAUGCAGUGAAAAUGCCCAGAUGCCCGCUCCCUAGAAUACAUAUUUAGCAUUGCAAGUAAGUUGCGCCCUCUAGUGGUGAAGCAUUAUCAUAAAAUAGAUGAGUGCAUUGCUAUUUUGUUCUGCAGUCGUCUUUCGACUUGUUCUGCAGAAUGAUUACUAAUCAGGUACGUUGUAGUCAUAUACACAUAUCAAUGUAUCAUCAGCAAAGACACGAUCUAACAUUUUAUAUCCUGCUUGGAUACUGUCAUUAAAAUUUCAAUACAGACAAUCCAUCCAUCCAUUGUAAAUUUCUCUUGUCCAGUUUGCUAAAAGAUUUUCAGAAAAUGUUUGUUAAAUAUGACAGCCUUAUCUCUUCAAAUUUUGUACUAUAUUUUUUAGAGACUAUCAUGAAUACUAACUUGAUUUUAAACCCUACUUAAGUUUAACAUAUUGUCACCAACAUUUUUGUAAUAAUGAAUGAAUGUUCAAUUUGGAAAUCAAUUUUCUUUUAUGUAUAGUGUAGUGUCACUGAAAUUACAAAUGUUGGCAUGUGAAGCUAAUGAGAAUCAAAUCAUGCUUGUCCAUUAUUAUUUUAGAUAAUUGCAAACAAUUAUAGUAUUUUCUAAUCAGAAUAAGCGUUUUUAAAUUAGGUUUUCAUCUCAUAGUAGUCAAAUUUGUUAUGUCAUUUUAAGAACUUUUCUUGUAAAUAUGUAAAGUUGAAUGAAUAUGAUUAAAAUGGUGUAAGAAAUCAUUAUUUUCAUUACCAA